AUGGCAAGGAGACGAAUCGAAUCUGAUAGAGGCUCAAUCAACCCAGAUGCUGAUCACAUGACUAUUGAAUUUAGAUACGGUGGAAAUUUUGUGCACACUCCAAGAACCCAUUAUAUAAAUGGUAUGGUGACUUAUUUUGAUAAUGUAGAUGUUGAUAGGUUGUCUACAUUAGAAAUCAAAGACAUGAUACAAGAGUUGGGUGUUCAAAACUCCAAAUAUUUUUAUUACACACUUCCAGGCCAUGGACCAGCAGAUGGUCUUUAUGCAUUGGAGAAAGAUGAACACAUUUUAGGUUUUGUUCGCUCAAUACCUAGGAAUAGGCAAAUGACUGUCUAUGUAGAGCAUGAUAGUGAUGUUCAUGAGGUUAUUGGUGACUUAACCCAACCACCAAUGUCACAAGCUAAUAUAGAUUAUGGAGAAUCAUUUAAUGAAAUCCAUGAUGACCUGUUUAGUCAAGUUGAUGAAAAUAGGUAUGGUUCAUAUAGUCUCAGCAAUGAUCACUUAUUUCAAGAAGAGAGAAGUGCUUUGUAUCAUGGUGAGCCUCAAGAUUUUUAUGAUGUACCGGACAAUGAUGCCAUGUUGGACGAUGAUAAUUUCUAUGAUGAUGCAGUGGAUACACUAGAGACUUUCAUCGGAUGUGGUAAGAAACAAAAAAACAAUUGGGAGACAAAUAUACAGGUUGAGGAUAUGAACAUGGAUGAAAAGCAAUAUAACUCAGAUGAGUUACAUUCAGCAUCAAACUCUUAUGAAGAAGGAACUACUCGUAAGUACAAAGAGUUUAAUAUUGAUACUGAUAUGGACAACCCACAGUUCGAUGUUGGGAUGAAAUUUCCAAGUAAAAAGGUCUUGAAACAGGCUAUACAAAUUUAUGGAGCUUUAAGGUCAUAUGAAUGCAAGGUAGUGAAAAAUGAUAAGUUCAGGUUGUCUGCUAAGUGCAAAGAAGGUUGUAAGUGGAGGUUGUAUGCUUCUUUGAUGCAGGGAGAAAACACUUAUCAAAUUAAGAGCUACACUCCUAAGCAUUCAUGUUCCAAAGGUUUCCAUAACAAAAACAUCACUUCAACUUUCCUUUCUCAAAGGUAUAUGAGUAGGAUUAAAGAUGAUCCUAAGAUUAAAAAGACAACGCUUCAAUCAGAAGUUCAUAGAGAAUUGGGAUAUGAAGUUUCUACAGAUCAAUGUUAUAAAGCUAAGAGGAAGGCUCAAACUUUGAUUGAGGGAACUUAUGCUCAACAAUACGAAAAGUUAUGGGAGUAUUGUGAAGAGAUUAGACAGACUAAUAACGGCAGUAGUAUGUUGAUGAAGGUGGAUCCUCCUCAUUUUCAAAGGCUUUAUGUGUGUUUGGACGCAUGCAAAAAGGGGUUUAUAGCAGGUUGUAGACCUUUAAUAGGCGUUGACGCCUGUCACCUAAAGGGAACAUUUCAAGGGCAAUUACUUGUAGCCGUGGGUAUUGAUGCAAAUGAUAAUAUAUACCCUAUUGCUUAUGCGGUUGCUGAGUUGGAGAGUAAAGACUCUUGGUGUUGGUUUCUCCAACUUUUAAUUGAGGAUCUUGGUCAAGUUAGUGAAUAUGGUUGGACUUUCAUUUCAGAUCAACAAAAGGGUUUGGAUAAAGCUUUUGAAUUAGUGGUGCCUAAAGCGUCUCAUAGAUGGUGUGUGCGGCAUCUGUAUGGAAAUUUCAAGGAAAAAUUUAAGGGUCAGGCAUUGAAAGAUCAAUUGUGGAGUGCAGCCAUGUCAUCAAAUGAAGUAGAUUUUAAUUGUGAGAUGGAAAAACUAAGAGGCUUAGAUGAAGAAGCUUAUGGUUGGUUGAAAAAUAGGGAUCCAAAUAUGUGGGCUAGGCAUAGAUUCAGUCCUAGAACCAAGUGUGACAUGUUAUUGAACAACUUGUGUGAGUGUUUUAAUUCUUGGAUUUUGGCUGCAAGGGAUAAACCAAUACUUACGAUGCUUGAGAUGAUUAGGUGCAAAAUAAUGAGAAGGUUACAAGUUAAGAGGGACUUGAUUAGUAAAUGUGAGGGUCCAAUUUGUCCAAAGAUCCAAGGCAAGCUAGAGAAAAACAAGACUUUAUCUCAUAGAUUCAGACCAAUGUAUUGUGGCAAUGGAUUGUUCCAAGUGGGGGACACAUUAGUUGAUCAACAUUCUGUGAAUUUGUGGACCAGAACCUGUAGUUGCAGGAGGUGGGAGCUCAAUGGAAUACCCUGCAUGCAUGCAGUUUCUACUAUAUUCCAUAAUAGGCAAGAAGCUGAACAAUUUGUGGAUAAAUGUUACACACCAGAGGCUUAUUUGAGAGCUUAUUCUCCAGUCAUACAACCAGUCAAGAGUAUGAAGUAG